AUGGAGCAAACAAGUAUUUUUCCUCCUGAAGUUACAGGAGAACAAGUUAUGACAAUAGUCUGCUUGUUUGGAAUUUGUGCACCGUCUUCAGCACUUUUGGAAUCAUUUUUUGGGCAUAGAACUAUAUUUAAUGGGAAAAUUCGUCUUCCUCUUAGUGUUGUAUUAUUUGGAUAUGGAAUUCUCAUGGAUUAUGUACUCCGAACUUUUAAUUUUGGCAUUUUUAGUAUGGCAAUAAAACAUGCGGAAUCAAUGCAUCCUAAUAUUAUAUUCUCUAUUUUACUUCCAAUAUGUCUUUAUGAAUCAUCUUCACAACUGAAUUACCACAUUUUUAAACGUAAUCUUAUCUCUUCUGUACUGUUAGCACUUCCAGGUGUUGUCGUCUCAAUGAUUCUAACUACAUUCUUCAUGUACUAUUUUGUUGGAGGAAUCUUUGAUUGGACAUGUUCACUUUUAAUCAGUUCCAUUCUUUCAGCUACUGAUCCUGUAGCUGUUAUUGCAUCUCUUCAUCAGCUUAAUGCACCUGAUAAACUUGCAUCAUUGGUGGAUGGUGAAUCAUUAUUAAAUGAUGGAGCUGCCGUUGUUUUCUUUCAACUUUGCAAAAACAUUCUUUUGAACAGAAUUAUGGAACCCUCAUUAAUUUUAACUUCUGGCUGGAUAUUUAUUAGAUGUGCACUAGGUGGUCCAAUACUUGGUUUUCUUUUUGGAUGGGGAGUAUAUUUAUUCUUAAAGGUUGCACAACCCACUAAUGAUGUUCAAGCUCUUAUUGCAAUUUCCAUAGUUUACACUUUGUUCUUUCUUAGUGAAUUAAUUCACUCAUCAGGAGUUCUAGCAGUAGUCUCUUAUGGAGUUUUUAUGUCUUCAAGAAAAGCAGCAUUAUUUAAGCCUAAGGCACAAGAAAUACAUAAUACAAUAAUUCAUUUUAUCGGAAAGCUUGGAAACCAUAUGAUUUUCUUGUUAGCUGGAAUAGUUAGUGCAAGGCUUUUUAGGCCUUAUAUUGAAAACACAAAUAUGCUUUUAAAUCUUUUCCUACUAUUCACAGCUUUAUGUGUAAUUCGAGGAAUUAUGGUGUUUGUGUUAUCCCCCCUUUUAACUAGAAUUGGCUAUGGACUAACAAUUAAAGAAGCGAUCAUUUUAAUUUGGGGUGGACUUAGAGGUGGAGUUUCUCUGGCUCUUGCAAUGAGCUUAGAGUCUGAAGAUUACAUUGACUCAGAACUAAAAGGACAAAUAGCAUUUUACGUAGCAGGUACCGUAUUAUUAACAUUAUUAAUUAACGGUACAACUGUCGAGUUUAUAUAUAAAAAACUCCAGUUAUAUACAACUCCUAAAUUUCAUAGGAUGUUUUUUAAAAAAGUAAUGAAGUCUAUUAAUGAGGAGUACAGAUUGGUAGUAAAUGACCAGAUCCGCAAACAUUGGUUCUUUAAUGCUCAUCCAGGGCUUCUUGAGCUUUGUGAUACUUUUAUUCCCAAUGUAAUAGAUGCCAAAAUGACUGAAACAGGAGAAAUUAUACUUUCUAGUCAACUUUCUCAACAUACAUUUAUUAAAAACAUUAAGUCAGUGUCCAUACAACUUGUAAUGCAGGAUCCUACAAGUCCAAUUGAUUAUGAUUCAAAUAAGUAUUUAAAUCAAAGAACUUUGUCGUGUUUAACUAAGGAUGAUGAGUUUGAAGAUAGGUUUAUCAAAGAAUUGGAUAUUAAUAAUAAUCAAUUUGAAAGUAAUUCUUACAAAACUAGCUCAAACAAUUUCUUGGGUGCUAAAACUGAGGAUAAUCAAACAAUUCUUUUGAUUAAUUCAAUUCCUAUUUCAAAUUAUACAAAUAAUGACAGUUCUUCCAUAUCAACUUUAAAGAGAGAAAGUCUUAUUUCUGAUACUUCUAAGAGCAAAAUAGGAAGGCAUGUAUACAUUGGACAAAUGGUUUUGAGCACAGUAUGGCAAUCAUAUGAUCUUCUUUUUAAGAAUCAUGUAAUUUCUGGUGCAGCUUUGGUUAUACUUAAGAAAGCUAUUUCAAAAGUUUUUUAUUCUUGUGAGGAGCUUAAUUUACCAAUUCAUUUCGCAUUUUCAAGUGAGUGGGAUUCUAUCAGAAAUCAAUUAUGGAUCUGCAAAGAAAAUCUAUUAACUGAUGGAAAGGCUCUUACUCUUUCAAGUGAGUUACUUAACGAAUACAAUCAGAAGAAUAUUUCAAGUACUCUUUGUUUACCUUCCUUCAUUAACUAUUAUAGAAAUAAGGCAAAGUCAAAGAAUCUUUUCCUUGAUAUUGAAGUUCUUUUUUCUUUUAUUACUGCAAGAGUUGAUUUACUAGAGCAUGAUUUCCAUGAACUUCAAUCAUAUCUUGGCUCUUCUAGCAUUCAGCUUUUCCAGAACCAAAUAAUUGAGGCACAACAGUAUCUCGAUCUUCUUUUAUGUUACUCUCAAGAACAAUAUAACGUUGCUAUUUCUCAUAUUUCAGUUAAUAUGCUCUUUAAUGCUCUUAGAGACUCAAUGAAGGUACUUGUUAAAUCCAGACUUUUGCUAGAAGAAGAUGAAGAAAAACUUCUUGCUCUCUGUGAAGACAGAAGAUUUAUUUUCAGUUUUUCUCUUUCAAGAGAAGUUAUUAAUGAAUACACUCCAGAAAACUAA